AUGGAUAAUUUUGCAUUGACACUGACCCUUAAUAUUGACGACUGUAGUACUAGCUCAAAGUGUCUAAACGGCGCAACUUGUAUUGACGGUGUUCAACAGUUCUCGUGCCAGUGUUCUCCAGGCUGGACUGGACGGUAUUGUGAAACAGAAAUUCCUGUCAAACAAUCACAUGGUCUGACGUGUUUUUCUUGUCAAUACACAUCUGCCUUAUCAUUCUGUGACAGUAUAGAACACUGCAAAGGAAAUCAGACAUGUUAUCAUCAGUUGGUAACAAAUGUACAUGGUCACAAGCAUUACAAAUCUGGAUGCGCAGACAGACAGAUAUGCAGUCAAUACUCACAAGACGGUCAGAAUGGUGAUGCAUGUCUGCAGUGUUGUGAAGAGAGUUUCUGCAACUCGCAUGGGUGCGGUGAUAACGGAUUACCACCUCGGAGGUCACGUGGCCCGCUUUGUCUUGACUGUGAAAAUGUCAGAAAUCCAAAGGAAUGUGAUCAGAUAACACUGUGCUCUUCGGAUGAAAUGUGCCGUAUCGAAGAACUGCCAUGGGGAGACAAUUCGCUGUUCCAUUUGGGAUGUAAAGCUAUACAUGAGUGUGCCACUGAGACAAUGUCAAGAUCUGUUCCAGUCUGUGUUGCUUGUUGCCAUGACGAUUUCUGCAAUACAAAUUGCACAGGACAAGACCAUGAUCAACAGCAAAUUAUAGUGGGAUAAAUAGUUAAACGUUUGAUAUUGACACGAUAAUGUGAAGACAAAUUGUUAAACGUUUGAAAAAUGACAUGAUGAAUUGAAGAUAAAUUGUCAAUCGUUUGAAUAUUGACAUGAUUAUUUGAAGACCAAUUGAUAAUCGUUUGAAUACUGACAUGAUAAUUUGAAAAUAAAUUAUUAUUAUUUUGAAUAUUGACGUGAAAUUUUGAAGAUCAAUUGUUAAUCAUUUGAAUUGUGACAUGAUAAUUUGAAGAUAAAUUGUUAAUUGUUUUAAUAUUGAUAUGUUUAUUUGAAGAUCAAUUGAUAAUCGUCGUUUGAAUAUUGACAUGAUAAUUUGAAGAUAAAUUGUUAAUCGUUUGAAUAUUGACAUGAUAAUUUGAAGAUAAAUUGUUAAUCGUUUGAACGUUGACAUGAUAAUUUUAACAUAAAUUGUUAUUUGUUUGAAUACUGACAAGAUAAUUUGAAGAUAAAUUAUUAAACAUUUAGAAUAUUUACAACAUGAGAAAUUGUUAAAUUAUGGGAUCCUGAUAUCAUUACAGCACAAUAUAUUUUUGUUAAAUUUACAUUACAUCAAAGGAACAGAUUACAUUUUUAUAUUUAUAUCAUAACAAAAAAGUUAAGUGAUAAAACUUUCUUAUCUGUAGAUUUUUAUUAUAACAUUAUUAUACAUCUUAAUAUUUACGUAAUAGCAACAGCAUAAAUUGUUUAACAUUCAUAUGUUUACUUCGUAUCAAUAAAAAAAAAUGGUUAAACUUUUAGGGAUAUUUGCAUUGUAAGAAUAGGAUAUUUUUUAAACAUGAUAAUAUCACGAAAAAAUCGUACAUUAUUAUGUUUUAUCAUAGAAAUACUUCUACUUAUUUGUCUGAUGAAUUAUAAGAUGAUUGAAAACUAAAGAAAGUAAAAAUAGCUUGUUAUCUAUUUUAGUAGUACACAAUGUAUAUUAUAAUGUUUACCGCUAACAUAUAUAAGGGCAAGGAAUAUUGUAUAAAAGUAGUAAAUCAGUUUGGUAUUGGGGGUACCUUGUUAAAUAACUGAUGAUAGAGAAGACAAUUUAUUCGCCUUCUGCAUCUAUAACAUUUGGUAGUUAUAAGCUCUAUGCCAGAUUUAAUUUGAUCUGUUUUGAGAAACAAAUCUUUCCAAAAGUGUUAGCUUGAUAAUAUUUCUAUUGAUAACAAAAUAUAGAAUUUUAAUGACUUCUGCGACUAAAAUAUUCUAAAGCACUCUUCUUCACCAAAAAUGAUAUCAAUAAAAUACCUGAAAGUGAUUAAA